AUGGGAUUCGGCAUGGCAGGCAAUGUGAGGAGGAUGAUGCCGUCGUCCGCUACGCUCUAUGUCUACGAUAUCUCCAAAGACGCUUGUCAACGCUUUGUAGACGAGUUCAGCUCCUUCGGCUCAGUCAUCAUUGCCGACUCCUCCAAGGAAGUAGCUGAGAAGUCUCACACCGUGAUGUCGAUGGUUCCGAUGGGCCAGCACGCUAGAGCAGUCUACCUGGACAAACAGAACGGAGUCAUCGCCGCCAAAGGUGAUCCCGAUAGGCUCUUUCUAGAGUGCAGCACGAUCGAUGUCGCAACGGCCAAGGACAUCGGCCACCAAAUCACCGCUGCGAAAGCAGGAGUGUACGUCGACACACCCGUCUCCGGAGGAAUCGGCGGCGCGGCAGCAGGAAGAUUAUCGUUCAUGUGCGGUCGACCACGAGGCCCGGCAUACGACCCUGUCUCCAAACGCGUCUUCGACAUUGUAUGCUGGAUGGGCAUGCCUGAGAAAGUGCACUUCUGUGGCGAACUAGGCACGGGCCUCGUAAGCAAGAUUGCCAACAACUACGUCGCCAUCUGCAACACUACUGUCACAGCCGAGGCAAUGGCAUUCGGCAUCCGGCAGGGCGUCGACAAGCGCACCCUGUACGAAUGUAUCGCGGCGUCGUCCGGGGAUUCGUGGGUAUUGCACCACAACCACGUCGUUCCGGGCGUGAUCCCCGAUUCUCCUUCCAGCAAUGGCUUCAAGCUCACCUUCGCGCCGAAGAUGUCGGUUAAGGACGUCUCGCUUGGCAUUGAUGCUGCUUGGGAUGUCGGCAUUUAUCCUUCGAUGGGCAAGGCGGCUGUGUCGUUAUACCAGAAAGCGGCGGAUAACCCUAGAACGGCGGCCCUUGAUCAGAGUGUCGUUUGGUUACUUAUCAACGACGAGCUAGACUCUCUAGGGCCAAAAAUAAACGGGUCGUAG